ACGUGACAGUAGACUACAGGACUUUGACAACGUAGGACGUGUUUCGCGCGCUUUACAAAAUACACAAAACUUACGAUAUCAUUAAUGUAAUUAUUAUCUGUGGCAUUAUGCCGUGAGUGGAGUAUACGUGAAGUCAUAAGCGUGUUUUGUGAAUAUAUUUGGUAAACAGCCAGGAUGUGGUCAAACACUGAAAUAUGGAGAUGAAACGGCAUGACAAGCCGGGCAGCCUGUCGCCCGUGAAGGUAAAAAACGAAGAAGCAAGCAAGUCUGGCAAACAGGAGAAGGAGCUGAAACUACCACCAGAGAAGUCGCCAAGUGAGGAUGGCAGCUUGAGGCAGAGGAAAUUGUCCAGGGCUAGCGACACGUCGAAGGAAACGCUUGACAGGCAGGACUCGAAAGCAUCCCUCAGUCCGAAGGUAUCACGCAAAUACUUCACAAACUGGAAGCAGGCAUGCGAUAAGACCAAAGAUAAAACCAAAGAGCUACUCAAACGUUGGAGGACGCUACCCGAGGGAGAGGCAGCAGCACAGAUGCAGGAAGCGGGGCAUAGCGAGGAGGAAAAACAACACGGAUGGAGUGUGCACGUUUGGACCACGUGGGUGAACCGAUGCAGUGAAGACCUGGAAUGCCUAGAUUUAGAAGAGGAGCAGCCCUUGGCACAGCUGAGCCCAGUACAGACUGAUAAAAUGACAUUGUUUUUCACGGAGCUUUUGGACCACGACCGCGAUGACGUCAUCUGUGAUCAAGAUUUUGAUAAUUUUUUUGAGAAGUUGGCGCACUUUGCCGACUGGUCGCCUAACUCGUCCGAGUUUCAUAUACUUUUGGAGGUGAAGAGAGAAUUUAUCGAACAUUUUCUCAACCCGUUGCCCACCAAGUGGGCAGAGUUGCCAUACUACAGACGGGUCUGUGGUCCAGAGGCUGGCGGGUUGCCAGGUCGCACGACUCUGGAAGGCUGGCUCGCAAGGUGGGCGCUCCUGCUCAGCGAAUUAAAUAAAUUUGCCGAUCUGCCACUCUACCUGCAAUAUUUCUGCAAGAUUUUGUUCCAUGUUAUUGAUAGAGCAGGCGUUGGUGAAAUAACGAAAGAUGCUCUAGCCUCCUUCUACCGUUCUGUUAUUGGUCUGCCGGCGACAAGGGUCGAUGAAAUCAUUGGAACAGCCUAUGAUCGGAUGACUAGUAAUACAUACUUAAUCCUCGACUACGGUACGUUCGUGCACUGUUACAUCAACUGGCUGAUGGGGAAAAACCCAAACGGACCCGGACAAUGGUUACUAGUCCCACCAAAGGACUCCCUCCCACAACCGCCAUUUCCCGUAGACUAUAGCGCCCUAAACACAGAACCGGCCAAGUUAGAACCGUACGCGCCAGAUAAAAAAACUAAUAGACACUCUGUUAUUGUAUAGAAUAUAGAUGUUACUUUAUGGUGUUCGAAGAGAUUUUUAUGUGCAAUUGUAUAGUAUAUACUUUAUAGUUAUAAUGUGUUGAUCGUUUGCACAAAUUUUAUUGUAACUUUUGUUCCGUCUGCUUUGAAUUGUUAAUGUUUGAAAUAUAGGCAUAUUUAUGUUAAAUGGCAGUUAAUUGUUACUAUUUAUUUAAAAUAUUUAUAAAUUAAAUAGAUAUAUAUCUAGCAUUUUCAAGAAUAACGAAUUUUGAUCUUUUACUGGAAACUUCCACCUCAACGCUUUCCUUUCGAGGUUUUAGUUAGCUGUAUCAAAACUGUGCUUAUAUACCUACUACAUGACUGUAUUAUAGUCAAAACCCUGCGAUGAUAAUAAUAUGGAUCUUAAAAACUAGACAAGAUUUUCUACCUUCCUAGGUCCAUGCUUGUAAAUUGAAAUGAAACGCUUUACUUACUUAUAAAUCUCUGGUAAUUUUACCAACGUAAAUAUAUAUUUAGGUAUAAUAUUAUAUCAUUAAGAUUUAACUGUAUAUAUUAUGUAAUAAGGACGUGCACAACACGGUAAGCAAGAACUGCCUUAAAGUAAGCCUCCUCACCUUCACAUAUAGCCUUAUUUUGUACCUUAGAAAUAGUUUAUAAUAUACUUAAUGUAACGUCACUGAAUAAAGAAAUUUAUUAGAAA